UACUUAUGAAUCAAACCAAUCACCUCUCAAUAAAAAUUUUCCUCUUCCUUUAUACUUCUGCUCUAGCUCUCUGCUUGUGUCUCUCUGUGUAGCAAUGGACUCCUAUAUUCCUCUUCUGGAGAAAACCCGGGUCCCGCAACCCUCCCUCCAGAAAUUUGCGGUGGUUUCAAUAUUUACGAAGCUCCGCUCCGCCCCGGCUUAUCUCAACCCGGAAUCCGAUCCCGGAAGAGACGCCAUCUCUCAGUGCCUCCAUUCCUCAUCUCCAGCCGUCGUCGACCAAACGGUUCGGGAGCUCUGCCGCCUCGUCUCGGACUCUAAAUUGGAAGUCUCUCGCGGUUUGUUGGAGCUUCAGUCCGCACUCGAAGGCGCAGACUCGAAAUUUGUUGGUUUAUUUGUUAAAGGACUGGGAUUUCUCAUUCGGAUCGGGUUUCAGAGGAACCAUGGAUCGUGGCGGCUUGGUUCCCCUGUCAAUCACCCGUUUGUUAAGAUUUUAUCUUGCAGAACUGAGGUUCAGUCUGAAUUGGUACAGCAAGUUUUACUGUUUGUGGCACAGAAUAGGCAGCUGGAAAUGGCCCAAGUUUGUGAAUUCUUGAGACCUUUUCUGAAUUUUUCAAUUCUACGCAUACCCAUCUCAAGUUCUUCGUCGUCUUUGUUUGCAAGGCAUUUAAUAUCAUCAAUGGCUUCAUUUUGUUGUUCUUUCCCUAAUGAAGCAAUUCCAAUUUUAAAGCUGCUGAUGGGUUGCCUCAAGUAUUUGCCACACAGGAACUCAGAUGAACUUAGGGACUCUUAUUGUUUUUUGGAAUGCAUAGUGGAUGCGUAUUCUGUGGUUUUGCGACACUUGGUCCGGAUUGGAUUGCUGGUUGCUGAGGCUCAAUUGUUCAGUGUGGAAUUGUCAGAGACUAUACUUUCACUACUAACAUGUCUGCCCGGGCAUUCUGCUGGGGCUGAGCCAAUUGUUGAUCUAGUAAAGGGAUUGUUUGUCAUUCAGAAAGAUCUUACCUUGUGUUAUAUACGUGAAUUAUCAUCAACAGUGCUAUGCUUAUUUAUUAUCCUUAUUCAAUCUGAUCUUGAACACGAACAACUGUCUUUAUUGAGAUUCAUCAUCUUCCUUUUAAAGUGGAAAAGUGAAAAUGAAUUUGUUGAUAGAAUCAAAUGUGAUUUGAGUGAAGAGCUCUUAUUCGCCUUUCCUGUCAUCAGCCUUAUGUCAUCAACUUCUAGAUAUGUAAAAGGAGCAGCAGCUGAUUUACUUCUUGUGUUGGAAAAGCUUCUUGUACAGCUGCUCAGAGAACCAAGGAUUGAACUAGUCGCAGAAGGGAGAUUUCCAUCUAUCAGCUCACCUGGGUCUAUUGUUUAUAGACUUUUGCAGCAUCUGUGGUUUCAGGACCAAUAUUCACUGUCAGCUUCCUUCUUUGUAAAUUUUGCUUCUAGUGAUAAAACUGAUGCCAAAGGAAUGUAUAAUCAAGCAAGAUCUUGGGCUUCUCAAUUAAGAGAAUACUCUUUGCGGAUCAUUGACAGACGAAAAUCUUCCCCAUCCUUAUCUCAGUCUGAAGAAACUUUUUUAAAGGAAAUGCCCCCAUUGCUCAGUGCAAUUACUGGUGUUUUGGUGAUGCAUCAAUCAUUGGGAAACAUUGCGAUAGAUUUGUUGGCUACUAUUGGUGCUAUGGAUCCUAAGCUGGGUGUUCCAUUGUUGCUAGCCAUUCUAUUUUACUGUAACAUUUUCACAAGAAAUGAUAUUAAUUACCAGGAUAUGUUGCCAAAACUUUUGGCAUUGCUUCCAUCACUGGCUUCACAUUUUUUGAUGAUACCACUUAUAAUUCAGACUAUCCUGCCAAUGCUUCAGAAGGAUGGACCAUCAGUGUUGUAUGCUACAGGUGCUCGUUUGCUUUGUCAGACCUGGGCAAUUAAUGACCGUGCCUUUGGCAGUCUGCAGACAGUUUUACUCCCAAAAGGGUUCACUGAGUUCAAGUCAGAUAGAAAUAUCUGUGUAAGUCUGGCUACUUCAAUUCGAGAUGUUUGCAAGAAAAAUCCUGAUAGGGGUGUGGAUAUUAUCUUGUCUGUCUCGGCUUGCAUUGAGAGCAAAGAUCCUAUUAUUCAAGCACUUGGUUUACAAAGCCUGGCUCAUCUAUGUGAAGCUGAUGUAAUCGAUUUUUAUACUGCCUGGGAUGUCAUUGCAAAGCAUGUGCUAGAAUACUCCUCAGACCCAGUUCUUGCACAAAGCACAUGCCUUCUUCUUAGAUGGGGUGCUUUGGAUGCUGAAGCAUACCCAGAAGCUUCAAAGAAUGUUUUGCGAAUAUUGUGGCAUGUUGGUGCCUCCAAGCAUGUUAGUCAUGUGGUGCAAUGGGCAAAGACAAGAGCUGCUGCAUUCCAGGCCUUAUCCCAAUAUGAGGUCUCACAUAUAGAAAAAGGAAUUUCGGAUUUCAAGAGAGAGAACAUGGAGUUGCUUUUGUCUGAGUCAGAUAUCGACGUUCUCAAGGCCAUGGAAGGAUUUCAAGUCAAGAUCAUAACUCAUGAACACAUGAAUAGGCGAAGAUUGGUGAAGGAGAGAAAAGUCACGGGAAGCAAGAUUGAGAAAUUGCUGGAUGUACUUCCUCAGGUUCUCUUCCCUUCAGACAAAAAAAGUAAUGCUGGGAAGCUACCUGGUGCAGCUCUAUUAUGCAUUUCAUUUACCCCUAAAGAUGCGAACAGUCUAGGGAUUUCGAGAGCACUAGAUGUCCAUGUUGCAUAUGAGAAUACAUUGGUGGAAAUAGCUUCUUCUUUUCAGCUCUCAAGAAACAUUUUUGUGGCCCUUCUUUCACUGCAAUCAUGGAAAACCUUCAUGCGCCGCUGGAUGAGGGCUAGUCUAUUAUCGCUUGAUGCAAAAGCUCCAUCUGUUGUAUUAGAUAAAACUUCUAAAGCUGCUAACAAUAUCCUCAGGAUUAUGAUGCGACUUGCUGAAGAAUCUAUCCCGAGAUCUGCUGAAAAUAUUGCCCUGGCUGUUGGUGCACUCUGUGUGGUCUUGCCUCCAUCUGCCCAUACUAUUAAAUCAACUGCUUCAAAGUUUCUAUUAAAUUGGUUGUUCCAGUAUGAACACGAGCAUCGUCAAUGGUCAUCUGCAAUAUCUCUUGGAUUGAUUUCAAGUUGCCUACAUGUAACUGAUCAUAAGCAGAAAUUUCAAAAUAUCACUGGACUCAUAGAGGUUUUGUGUGGCAGCAAAAGCACCCUUGUUAAAGGAGCAUGUGGGGUUGGCUUGGGUUUUUCAUGCCAAGAUCUUCUUGCCAGAGUUGAAACUGCUGACAGCAAUGACUUGGACAGAGAAAACUACAAGAUACAGGAGUUUGCUUUGCUAGGGAAGGUAGUUAGGACAUUACUUCUGAUGACAAGUCAGCUCAGUCAAACUUCAUAUGAUAUUCUAGAAGGUCUGUCUGCAUACUUCCCGUCCGGCAUUGGUGAUUUGGAACCCAAUAUGACUUCUGAGCUGUUUCUUGAGAAGCGUGAUGACUUGGAGGAAGAUAUUUGGGGUGUUGCUGGCCUUGUCCUUGGCUUGGGUAGCUCUGUUGGUGCAAUAUACAGAGCUGGGGCACAUGAUGUCGUGCUUAAGAUAAAAGACUUAAUUCUAUCAUGGACUCCUCAUUUGGACACUCUAGUAAUUAACUCUGGGCUUUCUGGUGAAGGAGCAGACAAAGUUUUAUCUGUAGGAUCCUGUCUAGCAAUUCCUGUUGUUGUGGCUCUCUGCCGGAGAGUGGAAUUGAUGAAUGAGAAUGAACUAGAUCAUCUAGUGAAUGGUUAUACUGAGCUUAUAUCUGAGUUACUGUCUGUGAAAAAGUCUGGUACCAUCCAUCAGAGCUUGUUGAUGGCAUCAUGCGUCGGAGCAGGAAGCCUGCUUGCCUGCAUUUUGAAUGAAGCUGUGCACCCUAUUAAAGUUGAACACAUCAAAGGCUUACUGGAAUUUUUUAGAAAAUGCUACUCUAAUCCUUACCAUGCUCUUGUUCAUAUGGGUGGGAUGCUUGGAGUAGUUAACGCUAUGGGAGCCAAUGCGGGGUUUUUAUUUCCUGGUUACCAUUCCUCUUCUUCAGUGAGGACUGGUUAUCAACAAAAGGAAUCUUCUUAUGUCUUGGGUCCUCUACUUUCAAGCCCUAUUUGUGAAUCACAUUUGACAGCAUUAAUUCAAGAAAUAUUCCUUGUUGCUCAAAAUUCUGAUGAUCUCCAAAUGAAACAAAUUGCAGCUUGGGCAGUUUCUUUCCUCAGAAAUCUUUUAUGGUCCAAGGAACUGCUAGAUGUUGACAAUAGUGUUCAGACUGAUGUUGCCAAUUCCAAAAUGGUUUCUCGCAGUUUUUCUGAGGACUCAUUAGUUAUGAAACUAUCUUUGUGGCUAAUGCAUCUGAAUUAUUCUGCGGUAGGUAUCAUUCCACAUGUUGGCACAGUAUCAACUGUUUUAAGAUGUCUUUCAGGAGCUCCCAGAUUGCCAACCAUGGAUUGGGGAUCAAUCAUUAGACGCUGCAUGAGAUAUGAAGCUCAGGUUUCUGAGUUGUUACCACCAGAUUCAGCUCUUGAGAAGGGAAGCCUUAGGAAGGAUGCUCUUCAAUUCUCAAUUGCUCAUGCAAACCAAUUUGAUCCGCUCCUGACUUUCCUUGAUGAACUAUCUGACCUGUCCAGAUUCAGGACUCUUGAGCUGAAUCUACAGUCAUGUCUACUUGUACAUCUAGCUGACCUGACAAAAAUAUUCUCAGAUUCCCGGCUAGAGAAAUUAUUUGAUGAUAUUGCUGAGUUCUUUUCUUCAGAUUAUUCGCCCAAAAUGUAUAACUCUGAUCAGAAAAGGUCAUUGAGGAUAUCAUUCUGGAGGGGCCUCUGCCAGUGCCUAGAUGAAGAUUCGCUCUGCACCCCUGAAUACAUGCCAAAUGUUGAGAAGUGCAUGGAAGUGCUAUUUUCCUUGUUGCCUGCAUCAGAAUCAGCUGCCAUCCUAGAAGCACAUAUGCUAAACCCUGCACAAGAGUGGUAUGAGGUAGUUAAAUGUUUAGCAAAAGCUCGAGGGGAUUGGUUAUUAGAUUUCCUGCAGGUUCCACCGGUAAAUCUAGUACAAGGAGAUGAGCAAUUUAAUGAAGUCCUAAAGAAGAUUGUAGCAAAAGCCAAGCUAGUAAGGAUUGGCUCCAUCACAUUGACCGAGCUUGGAAGACUAAAAGCUUAUAUAUUGAACUCUAGAUCACAUGUUGCAGGUAUUUGGAAUGUGCUUGUUGAAGUUGUAGCAGCUUUGCAAUAUGCAGAGGGAAGUGUCAAAAGACACUGGCUUGUUGAUGCUGUGGAAAUUAGCUGUGUAUCCAGUUAUCCUUCGACGGCACUCCAAUUUCUUGGUCUGUUAUCUGGAAGCUGCUGCAAAUAUAUGCCUCUUCUGACUCUGGACCGAUUAACAGUAUUGAGCGAUCUACCAGUUACCCUUCAUUCUCUUUUGACAGAACCCAGUUGGGAAGUAGUUGCAGAAUCCAUUGUUUCUCAUCUUCUGGUAUCAACAGAACGCAUAUACCACUGGGUUACCGACAUGGUCCUCGAUGAUGGUGCUCCAAAUGUGCAACCUAUUGACGAAAGUGAAAAUGACAUGGUUGCUUUUCUAUUGCCUGUGAUGCAUCAGGUCUGUUUAUCUUUGAAAGAUUAUUUACCCCUGGAGAAGCAGCUUAGGCUUGCCAACAUUGUGGUCAAAUGAGGCUUGUUAAUAGGUCAUUUGCACAAGGGAAAAGCAGGAAACCUUCAAUGGCAGUUUUUUUUCCCUGCAAUUUGAGACCACUUUGAUUGUAAAUAUUCUUCUUCUUGUUCUUCUUCUUCUUCUUCCUGUAUUUUAUUUUUCCACUAAAUCAUAACAUUUAAUAGGUUAUUGUUUUUUAUUAUUACUGUAGUUAUGAGAAUUCAUUAACUUCUUGAAAUUAAAGUGUCUGAAAUUUCAUUCAUUGUUAUAAA